AGGAAGUCGUCGUGUUACUUUUUUCUCCUCCUCCUUUUCCUGAAGCCAGCGAGAAACGGGAGAAAGUCGGCGGCGAGAAGUUGCUGCAGAGUCGCGCCUCCUCUGCGGAACUUUCCCCGAAGAAAUGCCCCCGGAGGAAGCAGCGGAGGCACCGUGAAGGUAAAAAGAAGAUUUUGAAAGUUGGAGAUUUGCCAGUUUUACAACUUUCCUCCGAGAUGAAUCCUGCCCUUCUUCAAUUUUUAUCGGUUUCCACCUCCACCAAUGCUGUGUCUUUAUAAGUUCAGCAUCUGCAGAUCGAGCCCGUGAUGACACAGGAAAUAGGCUGCCCCUCCCAUAUCCCAUUCCUGUUGUCUCUAACAAGGACACAUCUCUCUUAGCAGACCCUAUCUUCCUGAAACUUCCCACCCUCCCGCUCUCUGUUUCUGGGCCAUGAUCUGUAAAAGAAGCUCUGUCAUUUUCUGUGGUGCGUUCCUGUUUAUCACCUGGAAUGCCAUACUGGUGCUUCUGCUGUGGGGGAGACCCCCAUCAGGCCAAGAGCAGAAAGAAGCUGAAAGGCCGUCCAUCGAUAUAGUGGAUGGUGUGCUCCGGAUUGUAGACUCGAUCGAAGCUGAACUGGAGGUGCAGAAAAAAACCCUGCUGCAGAUCCAGAAUCAUCAGUCGCUUUGGGAGCCGUCUGACAGAAACGGGCCAAAGGCUGCCCCCACCCGUCCGCCUGUCAUCCCUAUCCUUGUUAUUGCCUGCAACAGGGUCACUGUGAAGCGCUGCUUGGACAAACUGCUGCAGCACCGGCCCUCAGAGGAGCUCCACCCAAUCAUAGUGAGUCAGGACUGUGGACAUGCCGAGACUGCUGAGGUGAUUCGUUCUUAUGGAAACAACAUAACUCAUCUGAAGCAGCCGGAUUUGUCUGACAUCCAAGUGAGACCUGAGCACAAGAAGUUUAAGGGUUACUACAAAAUCUCCAGGCAUUACCACUGGGCGCUCAACCAAGUGUUCAAGACGCUGUCUCAUUCCUCUGUGGUGGUUGUAGAGGAUGACCUGGAGGUGGCACCAGACUUCUUCGAGUAUUUCCGAGCCUUGUUGCCUUUUUUGAAAUCUGACCCCAGCCUGUGGUGUGCGUCUGCCUGGAAUGACAACGGCAGGGAUGGCUACGUUGACCCCGGCAAGGCUGACCUGCUCUACCGGACGGACUUCUUUCCCGGCUUGGGGUGGAUGCUCCUCAGGGAGGUGUGGGAGGAGCUGGAGCCAAAGUGGCCCGAUGCUUUCUGGGAUGACUGGAUGCGCCAGCCAGAGCAGCGCCGCAACCGUGCCUGUAUACGCCCGGAGAUCUCGCGGACUCUAACUUUUGGUCGCCAAGGCGUGAGUCUGGGUCAGUUUUUUGACAAAUACCUGCGUUACAUUAAACUGAAUACCGAGUUUGUGCCUUUCACCAAGUUGGACCUGAGUUACUUGAAGGAGGAGACCUACAGGGAGAACUUUGAGAAGGAAGUUUACAAUGCUCCUGUGGUUAGAUAUGAAGAUGUGAAGCAGGGGCAGCUAAAAGGACCUGGGCCCUUCCGCCUUCAAUACUCCAGUAAGGACAGUUUCAAAAUGAUGGCCAAAAAUCUGGGAAUAAUGGAUGACCUCAAGUCUGGAGUCCCACGGGCAGGAUACAGAGGGGUCGUCAGUUUCAUCUCAAGAGGACGGAGGAUCUACUUAGCUCCGCCUCCGGGAUGGACCCAGUACGACCUCUAGUGGAGCUGAUAAAUGAGAAUGUCUUUUUAUAAUCUCUUAAAUGUGAUAUGGGGAAAGCUUUCUAAACCAAAGAAGAAAAUGAUUUGUGCUGUUGCUCUUUGCCCUUAAUGAUACAGAACGGAUCCAUUUCGGGGGGGCUUGCCAAUGCACCUCAGGUCUUUUUUCAUUCUUCCAAACAUUUCUUACAGUGUAGGAUUCCUGUGUUUUAGACAAAUCUGCUGUAAUUCAGAUCUAUUUUUAUAUGAUGCACAUGACAUUCAUUAAUGCUUUCAAUGCAGUUACCUACUUUACCACUUUUGUUUAAAUUAUUUGAGGUUCGGGUACUCUGACCUGAAACCUGAGCUGUGGUGUUGGGGUCUGGUAAUAACUGAGUCUGUCAUUUGAUUUAUUCUUUGUGCUUAAAUGUUACAUCACAUGAUUGUGUUUGAUGCUGUUCUCCUUGCAGGCUUGUUACCCUGCAACUACACUUUAUUUCUGGAUUAAAAAAUACACAACUUUACUUUUUAA